GAUGGACCAUCCAGGAGAGUGCAGCAGCUCAGCAAAAGUUAACACAACCACUGCAGCAGCGACACUGAUUACUCCCUCAAACAAAUAUGACCUAUCCAUUAACGGGAGUGAUGGGGAAGGCAGUGAAGACCAGUUAACACAAAGCAGUGAAAGAAAAGAACAGGAAGCUUCCACAUCUUUGGGGAUGGUGAAUAAAACUGAAUCCAGUGUCUUAAACUCUGAUGCAAGGAUGGACGACAGAGAAGACGGGCAUUUAGUGCACUGUGGGAAUGAGAAAGAACAAAACAGAGACGAUCCUCUUGACAUGUUGAGAUCUGAAGUUAAUGGAAAUACCAGAGAUGUGGCAACACAAACUGUGCCAAAAGGACUACUGAAAGCAAAAAUACAGCCUGCAGAAGAAGCUGGGGGAGAUAUUGUUGAAGAUAAGGACCAGUUUCUAAGCAGUGGGCAGCUGGCAGUGAAAACAGAGCAGAGAGCUGAAGAGAAGGUCGGGUCUGGACAUGAAAACGAGGUUGUAAACUCAGAAGAUGCUGGGAAUGAAGAAGAGGAAGAUGAAAUGGAAACGGGAGGAAUGGAAUCUGAAGCUGUACCUGCUGUUGCCUCUAACCACACUAACAAGUGUGUUAUUAAAGAAGGCUCAGCAGAGAGAGGAGAUGCACAGUCAGCAAACUGUGGGAAUGAGAAAGAAGGAGACGAUCCUCCUAACAUACCAAAAUCUGAAGUCACUGUAAAAACCAGAGACGUGGAAAGAAACACACCAAUCAAACAGCAGAAUGUGGAGGAAAAAACAGAAGAGGAAAUGAGUCCUUCCUGUGAACCUCUGGCUGCGUCAGAUGAGUGUGAACAUAAAGAUGUCCACUGCUCUGGCCACAAUGUAGCUGCAUUACAAUCCACGAGGCCAGAAAGGAACUCAUCUCCAGCAAGUCAAACCUCUGUCGGCAUUAAUUUCUCUCACAUGUCAGAGGCUCUGUCGCCUGGGCCCUCAGUCAACUCUGGUUUGAAUACAACGGAUCUUGAUCAACUGAAGAGGGAGAAACUAAAAAUGCAACUAAAGGUCUUAAAAUUACAAGAAGAGUGUUACACUUUGAUAAUAAAAGAACUUAAAAAAUGAAGAUUAAUGCCUCUGUA